AUGGCUACCCCCAGUGUCCUUACCUUUGAUGCUGAGGGUCGUGCUGUUGACUUUGAGGUCUGGGUCGAUGACCUCCAGCUGUUCGUACAGUGCGAUAGGGCAGACGGACUCUCCCUGUUCGAUCUCACCUCUGGUGCCUCUCCUGCCCCGCCUGCUACUGCUGACAGCACUGUUCGCUCUCAGUGGGCCACACGCGAUGCUGCUGCCCGUCUUGCUGUGCGUCGCCACUUACCGACCACUGAGUGUGCGCACUUUAGCCAGGACAAGAGUGCUAAGACCGUGUACGAUGCUGUGGUUGCACGCUACUCCUCCCCUGCCACUACUGCGCUUAGCCGCCUCAUGCUGCCGUACCUGUUCCCUAACCUUGCUGCCUUUCCCACAGUCGCUGACCUCAUUACGCACCUUCGCACUAGUGACACUCGCUACCGCGCUGCGCUUCCUGCUGAGUACCACUUCCUCUUAGUUUGCCCCACCACACAAACCGUCGACCUCCUCGAGGAGCGCCUCCUAGCAGCAGAGAAGAGCAUAGUCGCUGUAGGAGCCUCUCGUGGUGACCCUCGCACCCCCAUCUUUGGGGGUUGUUGCCCCUCCCCCCUCUUGCCCUCUGUUGCUUCUGCUGCUGCGCCCAACCUCGUUGGUUUCGAGUCGGUCGGCGCUGGAUCUGCCCCUAGCGGGAGACGUCGCACCGGCAAGGGCAAGGGGGGCAAGGGCGCUGGAGGGGCUGGCGGGGGCGGUGGAGGUGGUGGUGGAGGUAGUGGAGGGGUUGGGGGUGGUGGUGGGAGUGGUGGCGGGGGUGGAGGUGUCGGUGGCAGCAGUGGAGGCGGAGGAGGCGGCGGCGGUGGCGGAGGGAGCGGAGGCGGCGGAGGUGGCGGAGGUGGCGGAGGCGGCGGAGGCAGCGGAGGAGCUGGUCGCGGCUCUGCGCAGAGGAGUGGCUCCAGUGGUGGUCCGCGCCAGCAGCAGCAGCGCAGUCGAUAG